CUUCAGUUUUACUAAACUUCGUAUCUUAAGAAAAAAAGUCUGAGUUACGAAGUUCGUAACUUUUGAAUUAAGAUACGAUGCUUCUGUUUUACUAACGCGUUCGUAAAUUUUUAUCGUAAUCUUAACUUGUGAACAAUUCGUAAGAUACGAUUUUGGAACUCUCUUUUAAAGGAGAUAUAAAUAUUCGUAGUCACGAACGCUGCGCAAGCGCAAUAGUCACUUUCGCUUUUAUUCGCGGCAAAACGUCAUUCUCGUCUGCGACAAAAAAAAAAUGGAAAGCAAAGAUAUCAAGCGGAGAAGGCCCAACUGGAGCGAGGGGGAGCUUGUGGCUUUGGCGGAGGCAGUGGUCCCUAGGGCCCAUUACCUUAAAGGGAAGCUGUCUCCGUCAUUGACAGCUGAGAGAAAACAGGGGCUUUGGGAGGAGGUAGCCGAUGAAGUCAACUCAGUUGCCAUGGUUAAAAGAACAGUUGAUGAAAAGAAGAAAAAGUGGGCUGACAUGCAGAGCCUGACAAAAAAGAAAGAAGGAGAAAGGAGAAGGUCCAUGAAGAUGACUGGUGGAGGCCCGGGCCCAAAUCUCAUUUUUAAAUGUUGGGAAAAUUUGGUUCUAAAAUCCUUAUCUGAUGUUGCCAUCGAGGGCAUCAGCAGUGGUGUUGAUACUGCAGAAUGUGUCCAAGAAGCUUCUUCCAUUAGUAUCACUGCUGUUGUUCCAUCUACUACAGAUUCUGCUAAGCCUGGACUCCCCAACCAAGGUAACACCAUGCCUCAGUCACUAUCCAGUACAAGUAGCAGAAAUGGUGUCAAAGACACAUCAACCCUUAGUCAUGGUGCUGUGAUUCCGCUCACAGGGGCUGAUAAACCUGGAACCUCUACAGAAGGUAACCCUCCCCCAAUUCUUUUUUAAAAUCACCUUAUUGUAUAUGAUAUUAGUUAUCCAGGUUCAAUCAAGGGUGUACGGGGAUUUAUCUCAGGUUUUAUUCCAUACACCCUGAGCUGAAGGAAUAUUAAUUUACCCCACCUCUGUUGAUUUUUAUGUGAAAUCCUGGCUUACGAUUGGUUAAAGUCUGUCACGUGAAGGAGGUGGAUUACUUAUACCCGGUCAGUUGUAGAUAUUUACCCAGUCAUUUGUAAUCUAUACCUGGUCGAUGUUUUAUGUAACAAACAUAACGUGACGUCAUAAUAGACACAGUAAGUGUGAUGAAGCACUUAGCAGAGAAAAUCAUUUAUAAACCACAGAUAAAGCGUAAAUGUUUCAUCGGUGGGGUAAAUUCAUUACAUAGUCUUUUAGUG